GGUACUUUGGGUUUCCAGGAAGUGAGUUUUCAGCCGCCUACCCCCACGUGAACCCCACCGCGCCACGCGCAGACGGGCGGAAUACACCCGGCUCGAGAAGGAACGUCACGUCCCGGCUGAAGGCGAGAGAACGGGGGACGGUGCUCGUGUCGAAUUCGAGAGGCCAGGCGGAGCUCGAGGUGCCGAGGCGAUUUCAGUGGGAAGAUGGCGGACGACCCGAGCGCGGCGGACAGGAACGUGGAGAUAUGGAAGAUAAAGAAGCUGAUCAAGAGCUUGGAGGCGGCCCGGGGGAAUGGAACCAGCAUGAUCUCCCUGAUCAUCCCUCCCAAGGACCAGAUCUCUCGUGUGGCUAAGAUGCUGGCGGAUGAGUUUGGCACAGCCUCCAACAUCAAGAGCAGAGUCAACCGACUCUCUGUUCUUGGAGCUAUCACCUCUGUACAGCAGAGACUCAAGCUCUACAACAAAGUGCCACCAAAUGGCCUGGUGGUGUACUGUGGCACCAUUGUAACAGAGGAAGGCAAGGAGAAGAAAGUAAACAUUGACUUUGAGCCCUUUAAACCAAUCAACACCUCUCUUUAUCUCUGUGACAACAAGUUCCAUACUGAGGCUCUCACAGCUCUUCUCUCAGAUGACAGCAAGUUUGGUUUCAUUGUGAUCGACGGGAGUGGAGCCCUUUUUGGCACACUGCAGGGCAAUACCAGGGAGGUGUUGCACAAGUUUACUGUGGACCUGCCCAAAAAGCAUGGCCGAGGAGGCCAGUCUGCACUGCGUUUUGCUCGGUUGCGGAUGGAGAAGAGGCACAACUACGUGCGGAAAGUGGCAGAGACAGCUGUCCAGCUGUUUGUGUCCAAUGACAAGGUCAACGUGGCUGGGAUGGUCCUGGCUGGGUCAGCAGAUUUCAAAACCGAGCUCAGUCAGUCUGACAUGUUUGACCCACGGCUGCAAGCAAAGGUUCUGAAGCUAGUGGAUAUCUCGUAUGGAGGGGAGAAUGGCUUCAAUCAAGCCAUUGAGCUAUCAGCUGAAGUUCUUUCCAACGUGAAGUUCAUUCAGGAGAAGAAACUUAUAGGACGCUAUUUUGAUGAGAUAAGCCAGGAUACAGGUAAGUACUGCUUCGGUGUGGAGGAUACCUUGAAGGCCCUGGAGAUGGGUGCUGUGGAGAUUCUUAUUGUCUACGAGAACCUGGACACUAUGCGAUACGUCCUUCGUGUCCAUGGCGCCGAGGGAAACACAUCUGAAAAUGAUGAAAAAACCCUCUACUUAACGCCAGAGCAGGAGAAGGACAAGUCUCACUUUACAGACAAAGAGACUGGCCAGGAACAUGAGCUGAUAGAGAGCAUGCCGCUACUGGAGUGGUUUGCCAACAACUACAAGAAGUUUGGUGCCACGCUGGAGAUUGUCACAGAUAAGAGCCAGGAGGGGUCACAGUUUGUCAAGGGCUUCGGUGGCAUUGGAGGUAUCCUGCGCUACCGGGUGGAUUUCCAGGGCCUUGAGUACCAGGGAGAUGAUGAUGAGUUCUUUGAUUUGGAUGACUACUAGGUAGUCUAAACUGGAACAAAGAGAAUGAGAAACAGCCUCUGCUGGCAGCAAGAGGGAGCAAAACAACCAGACGCUAAGAAAAAAAGUGAGGAUGAGUGUUUUGAAAAAGAGAAAAGGGUAAAAAGUGUACAGUGAUUAUAUCCCUGCCUUAGAACAUAAUUUCAUCCCUUGGUUGGAUAGAACUUGUCUAGGUUUUUUCUUUCCACUAAAGGAGCCUUUGUGGAUGAAUGCCAAGGCCCACCCCUUUGCCACCUGCUCUGCCCUCAUGCAGCUGGACUUUUCUCAUAGAAAUUUUCAUCACCUAGUAAUCCCUCUUUUUUUUAAUUUACUGGCAACACCUGUUGCAUUUUAUGAGUUUUUUUGGUACCUUGUGUAGAGAACAGAGACUGAACAAUAACCCUUAUUACCGUUCAGCCACCUUUGUCUACUCUGGAUUUUUCAGCUUCCUGGAUGGAUUUUUGGCUUCCUCAAAGGGCAGAUGUGGUACUAUCCCCUACCCAUGGGGCAGAGCUGACAAUCCUUUGGACUAACAGACCUGGGCUCAUCAGUAAUGAGGUGGAAGUGUCCCCAAUGGCAUGCGUGCUUGUAUGGACUGGGUAAUUGUAUAUGUGCGCAUGGGGACCAGGUGCAGCUAUUUCUUGUGUUCACCUGUCUGAACACUUACAUGUGGACUGUCCUGUUUGAGACUGUUGUCUUUGUGGCUUGACUGAAGAACAUGGGUGUGACUUGUGGAAGAAAAGAGUACACUGAGGCCCAAAGUUUUGGGGUGGGGCAAGGGGCUGAUUUGCUAAUCUCUGGGUGGACACCAGCAUCAAUUUUUUUUUUUUUUUUUUUUUUUUUUUUUUUUUAAUUUUUUUGGGUGGGUCCAACCACGUUACUAAGCGCCCUUCCUGACAAUGCGCUCAUGCCAUCUUAAUAAAGAAUGUUCUGUUUACCAAAACGAGGUUGCCAAAAAACCAGUGAGUGAUUGACUUUAUUAGACGUGGUCUCUUUGUUUCUGGCAGAAAGUACCUGAGCGGUUGCAGUGACAACUCUUCCUUGGCUGUUAUUUCAUUGGAGAUUUUAGUUGCAGAGGUGAACCAUUGAUAGCCAUCACAGGUGUGAUGUCACCUGUGUGUACAAAGACUCUAUCAGUUAAAUAACUAACUGUCCUGUAGCAGUAAGAAUGUGCAUAAGCAUAAUUCCACAGUUGCUAGGGAAGACAUGGUUCUUUGAACUUGAGAAUAUCUGUGUGAUAGAACUGCUUCCUUCAUUGAAAUGAUUUAACGGAGGUUUUUGAACUUAGAGGUGUGAUCCCCAAUCUUUGUCCUGGCAGAACAGUUUAUGUGCAUGUUAACCUUCUACCGUAACAUUCAGUUAAACCUCUUUGAACAGUUUUGGCCAUUUUCCUUCCCGAGUUUUAAUGGCAGUUGCACAUGCUGUACAUGCACAGAGAUUGGGGACUCUUGUAUGAAAGCAAGAAUUGAUACAAGCCAAUCAUUUGAAAUGGAGCAACCAAUCUAUGUGCAAUCUGAGCAUGGUCUCCCUGUGGAUUUAUACACAUGGGUUGAUAUGUGUGGCAAAAUGAUAGAAUCUUCAGUUUCUUUUGAGUUUGUCUUUUUAGAUGUUACAAUAACAUUUUCAGAUACAUGGGUCUGCAGUCCUGGUUCUGCAAGGCUAAUUUAUAUGUAGGGUUUCAGUCUCCCUAAACACUCAAGUUACUUAAACUAAUUGUUGGUCUUAUUGAACUAAUUAUGCAGUCUCUCAGAACUGUUUUAGAAGAGCUUGAAACCUACACAACCAGGAGUGAAGACCUGUGUUCUAACAAUCUCUCAGAAGUAAAAUAUUGUAAAACUGGAAAGUUUAAAUAAUUAAUCAGCCACACUAAUAAAGCCACUGGGAAGUACUGGUCCUUGAGGGUUACUGUCCCUAAGGUCAUAAUUCUUUUCAAGUUGAUUAGAUUUUUAACUGAUGUACCAGGAGGCAGAUCAUGCUGCCAUACCAGCCACAGUUUAUUUAAAAAAAAAAAAAAAAAAAGAGAAAUUGCCACAAGCGGUUUUGUUCAAAUCCUGCUCUGCUGCUGAUUGCUACCAGGCCUUGAGUACUCUCUUCCCACCUGGUCUAAUUUGAGUGCUGCUGUUCAUCCUUCAACUGCAAUGGGACCAGAACCCUGUACUAAUGCUUUGGGUCACAUUCCACAGUAAAUGACCUCAAUUUGGCUCUGGUUGUGCUGUAGCAACACCAAUAUGAGCACAUGAUGGGAUUUCCUGUGGCAAACCUGAGUCUUGAGUUACACGCGUAUUAGACACAGCCUCUUGAAUCUCUGCAAAUGUGCAUUAGGGCCCCUAAAUUAAUUUUCACCAUAUGCAAUUUAGUGUAAAUUGUAUAAUUGUGACCAGUUAAACACAAGUGUUCCAUCUUUCAGAUUUUUUUUUUUUUUUUCUAGGCAUGUGGGAAGAGUUGUACCUAGUGUGAAUAACUUGUUGGAGGCUGUCAAUUUAUUAUUUGGGGAAGGUAACAGAGAAGGGUUUGUCACAACAGCAGCUGUGGCACCACUGUGGAAUUUGCAUUUGUCCCACACUGUACUGUUAAAGUGCUUUGAAGAAGAUUGGACAGCACGCUGCAUGUAGAGAGCUCUAAAAUGGAAGUUGAAGUUGUUUGCUUCUUGAACCUGCCCCAUCCUGGUUUAAUCAAUGCUGCUUUCCUGUGUAACUUCUUUUGGGUGAAAAUGUGGAGACAAGUUCAUCACUGUAUGAAAUUGCUUUUGGUAACACAGUUCCUCAAUAAACAUUUGGCAUCUUUUA